AUGUCAUAUUACGGAAACGGAGGAUACUCUCCAUACGGUCAACCAGCUUACGGUGCCCCACCCCCAGUAUAUGGGGCUCCUGGAUACAUGCCACCAACAGUCCAUGUGCAUACAGACGGAUAUCAUCAUGAUCAUCACCACCAUCACGGAUUCCUCCAUGAGUUGGGACAUGCUUUGACUGGACACCAUCAUCAUCACCAUCACGGACACCACUUCGGACACCACCAUCACCAUCAUGGACAUCACUAA